AUGGAACUGUGGAAGCAGUGUGCCCACUGGCUUAUCCAGUGCCGGGUGCUGCCCCCGAAUCACAGAGUGACCUUGGAGGGUGCCCAAGUAUGUGAUUUAGCCCAGGCCUUGCGUGAUGGUGUUCUUCUCUGCCAGCUUCUCAACAACCUCUUGCCUCAUGCUGUCAAUUUACGGGAGAUCAAUCUGCGCCCUCAAAUGUCCCAGUUCCUGUGUCUCAAGAAUAUCCGAACCUUCCUCACCACCUGCUGUGAGAAGUUUGGUCUGCGCAAGAGUGAUCUCUUCGAGGUCUUUGACCUGUUCGAUGUGAAGGAUUUUGCAAAGGUGAUUGACACCUUAUCAAUACUGUCAUGGACACAAGUUGCCCAGAACAAAGGGUUCAUGCCAUUUCCUACAGAAGAUAGCAUCACUGAUGAUGAUAUAUACAGUGGCUUAUCAGACCAGAUUGAUGAUACCAUGGAGGAAGAUGAUGACCUCUACGAUUGUGUAGAGAAUGAGGAGGCAGAAGGGGAUGAGAUCUACCAGGACCUGAUGAGGCCAGAGCCAGGUGUCACGCCGAGGAUGACUGAACUGGACAAGAGGAAAUGCUGCCUUCAAGAGAUCCAACAGACAGAGGAGAAGUACACAAGCACACUAGAAUCCAUUCACCAGCAUUUCUUGAAACCGCUGCAACUGUUUUUGCGACCUCAGGACCUGGAGAAUAUUUUUAUUAACAUUGAGGAACUUGUGAAGGUUCAUCGGUUCUUUCUGGGAGAUCUGAAAAAUGCAUUGUCUUUUAGCAACUCCCAGAACCUCUACCAGGUGUUCAUCAGAUAUAAAGAGAGGUUCUUGCUGUAUGGGCGAUACUGCAGCCAGGUAGAAGCAGCCACUAAAUACUUAGACCAGGUAGCCAAUACGAGUGUGGAUGUGCGCAUGAAACUGGAGGAAUGUUCCCAACGAGCCAAUAAUGGCCGCUUCAGCCUGCGUGACCUUCUCAUGGUCCCUAUGCAACGGGUGCUGAAAUACCAUCUGCUCCUGCAGGAACUGAUCAAAUAUACAGUGGAGCCGACGGAAAAGGAGAACCUGAGGCAAGCGCUCGACGCUAUGCGGGAUCUGGCUCAAUGUGUGAAUGAGGUCAAGAGGGACAAUGAAACACUGAAACAGAUCACUAACUUCCAACUCUGCAUAGAGAACCUGACACAAUCCCUGGCUCACUUUGGAAGACCGAAGAUUGAUGGGGAACUCAAGAUCAUCUGUGCGGAGAAGCGCUCCAAAAUGGACAGGUACGCUUUCCUCCUGGAUAAAGCCCUGUUAAUCUGCAAACGAAAAGGGGAUUCAUACGAUAUGAAAAAAUUUGUUAAUCUAUCCAGCUACCAGGUUCGGGAUGACUCUUCUGUGGAGAAGGACAACAAGAAGUGGACUCACAUGUUUGUUCUCAUUGAGCUUAAUGGUUCCUCAGGCUAUGAGCUAUACUUCAAGACGCGGGAGCUGAAAAAGAAGUGGAUGGAACAAUUUGAAAUGGCCCUCUCCAAUAUCUACCCUGAAAAUGCCACAGCAAAUAGACACGAGUUCCACAUGUACUCCUUUGAGGAGACUACCUCUUGCAAAGCCUGUCAGAUGCUGCUGAGAGGGACCUUCUACCAGGGCUACCGUUGCACCAAAUGCCGUUUGCCUGCUCACAAGGAGUGUCUGGGCCGAGUGUCACCAUGUGGAAAGUCCAGCUCAGAGUCUGGAUCUACUGUGAAAAAGAAUAAAUCCAAUCGGCAUACCCUGGAGAGAGAAAAAAAUGAUCUGGGACUGCCGAAGUUGGAAGUCUGCCAAGAGUAUUAUGGUCUGCCUCCCCCACCUGUGGCAUUCGGUCCACCACUGAGACUCAAUGUGGGGGAUAUUGUGGAGCUAAACAAAGCAGAGGCAGAGCAGCUGUGGUGGCAGGGAAGAAACGCAUCUAGCAAUGAGGUCGGCUGGUUUCCUUGCAAGAAAGUGAAGCCUUAUGUCUCUACUCCCCCUCCAGAUCUAUCAGUUUAUCUCUGGUAUGCAGGACCUAUGGAGAGGGCAGAAUCAGAACAAAUCCUUGCCAGUCGUUCAGAUGGGACUUACCUGGUGCGGCAGAGAAUCAAAGAUGCAACUGAAUUUGCUAUCAGCAUCAAGUUCAAUACCGAGGUCAAGCACAUCAAAAUCCAGACCAAGGAUGGUUUGUAUCGCAUCACAGAGAAGAAAGCCUUUAAAGGACUUGUAGAACUGGUGGAGUUUUACCAAGAGAACUCCUUGAAGGAUUGCUUCAAGAGCCUCGAUACCGUGCUGCAGUUUUCUUUCAAAGAACCUGAGAGUAAAACACUGUCCAAAGCAUCUGGGAAAAACCUGAAGUACUUUGGUUCAGCUAAGGCUCGAUAUAGUUUCUCUGCACGAGACCGGACUGAAUUGUCCCUCACAGAGGGAGACAUCAUAAAGAUUCUGAACAAGAAAGGGCAGCCUGGAUGGUGGAAGGGAGAGAUCUAUGGCCGGGUUGGCUGGUUCCCUGCAAAUUAUGUGGAGGAGGAUUAUUCAGAGUAUUGCUGAGGACACAGCCCAGAUGGAUAUAUUGAAAGAUUAUUUGGCAGCACAUCUUGAAACAACCAACAGAAACAGUCUGUUUACUUCCAUGAGCUAAUGCAAAAACUACUAUUAUUUAUGAACUCUCUUUAGUCCCCACCUCCCAUCAGUUCCUGUCCUUCACUGUGUGUUUAAUAAACCAGGUGGUUAAUAAGAA